AUGUCUUCAUUCUUCAAUCCAAAUUAUUUCGAUGCUAUUAUUAAUUUGAUUCAAGGCCGAAAUGGUACACUUGGUACACUUUGGGGUAUGUUUUGGCAAGCAUUCUAUGCACUUGCUGGUUGUGUUAUUGGAGCUGCAGUUUUAGGCAACUAUGGCGCACUUAUUGGCACUGUAAUUGGUGCCUGGAUGGGUUUUAAAGCAGUUAAUCCUUAUCAUUCAUUAUUGGGUCAAUUACGUGAUCUUAAUGAUCAUCAAAAACAAAAUUUAACUGAUGAAAUUCGUCGCACUGUUGGCUCAUCAUCAGUUGAUAAUUUACUUCGUUAUGCUACUAAUGGUACUGGUCGACAAUUAGUCUUCGAUAUAAUUCAACGUUAUUUAAAUAGUGGUCAACCAAAUCAUAACCGAAAUCCUAAUCCAGGCUUAUUUUCUCGCAUAUUUUCCUAA